AUGUCAGACGGUACAUUCAAAGCAGAUGCUGUGACGAGUAACGACGAGCUGGACCCUCCAUCGGCGUCAGUGUCAAGCAGUAGAACGAAUGCAGAGACUCAGCCACCAAAAGCACAGUUGAUUACAGAACCGAAGCGUAGGGGGAGGCCGCCGAAAGACAAAUCAGCAAUUGCCGUCUCUACUGGCAGGCCACGCAGAGCUUCCGAGAUCUCACGUCUGCACGAGAAGGUACGGCCACGCUCAUCACUCCCGACAAGCCUGCCCAAAGACGUCUUCGCCAGUGAAUGCGUUGAAGCCGCAUACGCUUCUAGACUGGAUCCUUAUGCGUUACAUCCUAGCGAGCACCGGCUGCUGGUAAACGUUCUAAUGAAUACCGAGGUCACGGUAUACCUCAAUAUUCGCAAUGCGCUACUGCGACUGUGGCUGCAGAACCCGCUCUGUUCUGUGACCGUUGAAGAAGCCGCAGGCUGCGCGAAAGACGGUCGAUUCUUCGGUUUGGCUGAAGUUGCGUACAAGUGGCUCGUACGACAUGGCUAUAUCAACUUUGGCUGCACUGAGGUGCCACGAGACCCAACGCCUCCAAAGAAGACUGCCAGCCAGAAAACGGUCGUGGUUAUCGGCGCCGGUGUCGCCGGCCUGACAACGGCACGUCAGCUGGAAGGCCUCUUUGCGCAGCAGUCAGAACGGUGGACUGACAUAGGCGAGAGGCCCCCGCAUGUGGUAGUAUUGGAAGGACGGAAGCGCAUCGGCGGACGGGUGUAUUCAAAGCCUCUCCGGAGCCAGUCCGCCGAAACCUUACCUCAAGGUCUGCGCAACACCGUAGAGAUGGGUGCCAUGAUUGUCACAGGCUUCGAGCACGGCAACCCAUUGGACACCGUCAUCCGCGGACAGCUCGGUCUUGCGUACCAUCUUAUGACGGACGAGCUCACGAUCUACGACUGUGACGGCAAGGCUAUUGAUCAGAAGAAGGACAUGAUCAACACGGAGCUCUACACCGACAUAUCCGACAGAGCGGGUGAGUAUCGUGCGAUGGCGCAGAAUUUCAACACAUUGAAGGGUGAUGAAGAGCUCAUCGAUCGUGCAAGAGACCCCAUAGCAGGCGGCUACGAGAACUUUCAGCUCGAACCGCUUAUUCCGCUAGAAAAUGCGAAGCCCCGGAAGCCUGUGUUGAGAAGAGGGAGACGACGCAAUGCGCCGUCGGGCACCGAGAAGCUUACGGGUAGAAGUCGGGUGAUCGAAGAAAGCGAUGCAACAUUGAGCGCAGCGCGGGCGGCGAAGACAAUGGGCUGGCAGCUCAAAGAGGGUAUCGCGAAGAAUCAGUCGAUUUCGCUGCAUAAGGUGGCUCGGUCAAGUGCAUAUCCUACACUUGGCGCUGUAAUGGACGAAGCGAUCGAGCAGUAUCGGGACCUCAUCGACCUAACAGCGCAGGACAUGCGACUACUGAAUUGGCACCACGCGAAUCUCGAAUACGCCAACGCGGCCCCGGUAUCCUCGUUGAGCUUGUCCGGUCAUGAUCAGGAUACAGGCAACGAGUUUGAGGGCGCUCAUUCCGAGAUCAUUGGCGGAUACAGCCAGUUACCAAUAGGGCUGAUGACCUUGCCAACACAGCUCGAUGUACGCUUCGAGCGAGUGGUGGACAGCAUACACUACAAAGCUGAUAGCGAUGACAAGGUUGCAACGAAAGUGGUUUGCACCAACGGCGAGGUGUACGAGGCAGAUGAGGUCAUCAUAACCACCCCAUUAGGCGUACUCAAGUCUGACAUGGUCGACUUCGACCCACCUCUUCCGGACUGGAAAUACGGCGCGAUUGACCGGCUAGGCUUUGGCCUGCUCAAUAAGCUCGUCCUGCUCUACGACAAAGCUUUCUGGGAUAACGGCCGUGAUAUGUUUGGUCUGCUCAAUGAAGCUGAGCGCAGAGGCAGCCUCGACCCGGACGACUAUGCUAAGAGCAGAGGACGCUUCUACCUGAUAUGGAAUGCUACCAUGACCAGCGGCAGACCAAUGUUAGUGGCGCUUAUGUCAGGACACUCAGCGCACGAGGCAGAGCAAACAGAUACCAAUACGCUGCUGGCCGAUAUCAAUCGCCGUUUAAGAGACGCUUUCGGCGAAGACAAGGUUCCGGCACCGAUCGAAGUAAUCGUCACGAGGUGGAAGCGCGACCCUUUCACAAGAGGCACGUACUCCUACGUCGCCCCAGAAACGAGGCCAGGUGACUAUGACCUUAUGGCGGAGCCGGUUGGCAAUCUUCACUUUGCUGGCGAGGCGACCUGCGGCACACAUCCUGCGACCGUGCAUGGCGCCUUCCUAUCCGGCCUGCGAGUCGCUGCUGAUGUUAUGACUUCGCUCGCUGGUCCAGUCACCCUACCAACUCCGCUUGUUGGAUCUUCUCCUGUUAAGACUGAAAAGCCAGCUGGUCCGCCUCAGCAGAGCGUGUGCCCCAGUGAUAACUCAUUUUGGGUGCAACCAGCCGCACACAGCGCCCCUGACUUCGGUAACGAUUCAGAAAUCACGAACGUGAUCCUAAGCCAGAUUGGCGAACGGCCCGUCAAGCCGAAGCGACCAGGUGUGAACCCUUUCCUGCUGUGGACCAAGGCCAACUGGGAGAAGUGUAAGAACUCGUGUAGUUCGAACAAUCCCUCGGCGGGCCGCGACGCCAUACGCGCCACCCUUGGACAGUGGUGGCGCGCUGCAUCUGAGGUGGAGAAGGAGCCGUACAUGGCGGAGAGUCGGGUGGCACAAGAGGUGGCGGAUAAGAUACGCCGGGAAUGGGAUACCAAGGUACAAGAAUGGGAUCUCGAGGCGAGGCGUAUACGAAAAGAAUAUGCGACGAGUCGUCUGCCGCUGAGUGGAGCUGCUGAGCAUAGUGGUGCUAUCGCCAGCGUAGCUUUGUUGGGUUUGAGCAAGCGAAGGACCAAUACGAGCAGUUGCGUGGUGCUGGAUCGUGCUUGA